AUGGAGCGCGAUCCGUCUGACGGUCCCCCUAUCGCCGUCCCGACCCGAACUCACUCUCAUCGCCACGCUCUUCAGCGCUCCAAUAGCACUCGAUCCAAAGUUUCCGUGUCUGCUACCCAGCCGAACCCUGGCGGCAGCCCAGAAAUCAUCUCCGACCUCAUCUCCAGCCUCAGUACCUCCCACUUCGAUUCGCUCCCCCUUGCCGGCCUGCCCAGUCCCUCUCGAUUCGACACUCGAACAGCCGCCUCUUCCGACACAACUGACCUCAUACACGACGUUGCCACAUCCCCCGUUGUCCGCACCUCGAAGCCACCCUCCGGCUACUCUUCCGUGACCAGUCCCAAGAGCCCCCGAGCCUCCUCUACCGACGGCUUCCGGUCCUAUCUUCGUGGGAGCAGCCUCUCUCGCGCCUCGUCCUCUGCUUCCCUGACCUCUCGGAAUGAUGAUACUAGAAGUAUCGGCAACCUCUCCAUAGAGCCCGGAUCUGCCCCCGAUCUUGAGCUGCGUCCGCGUCGCUCCCACGACAGCUGGGGUAAGAAGACCGGUCGUCGCCAAAAGGAGAUGUUGUAUAUGAGCUCCAAAGAGCGCCUUCGAGAAAAGGACAUUGACCGCAAGUGGCCCGGUGCUACAAUGCCUUCAGCCAGUGUUGCGAGCAGCAUCCAUAGCGGCGGACGAGCCGAUCCCUUUCUCGCCGAGACGGCCAUCCGCGAAGAGCCCGGUCACACCAACGUUCGCUGCUCGAGCGACUCCUUCAGCGGCAUCCAAGCGAUUCCCAACCGUGAAUCUAGCCUGCGAAAGCCGGGACACAAGAAACGCAACAGCGCUCGCCGGUCAAGGCAGAAUAGCGAGUCAGGCCCCAUACCCGAGGGUGCAGAGUACAGCCGCGGUGGUGUCAUACCACGGAUAAACCAUAAGCGCGGCGAGUCCGACGCCGGACGCUCCUUUUUGUUCGACGUGGAUGAGUAUGCCGCCGUUACACAAGCCCUCGACGAUCAGUACGAGCGUGAGAAUGGCCGCCCGGAGCCGUCCCCCGACUACCGACAAAAGUCUUUUCUCGACGACAUUGACCACGAAGGAGCCCCCGCGCCCGCCAUCUCCAACGGCCGCCGAGCGUAUGCGCGAGAGCACAAUACAAACGGCCGCUUGAGCCCGUUUCCUUCCGUCGACCUGCGCCAAAAAGGGAGCGGUUCCAAAUUGAAGCGUCUGUCUGGUGUUGCUCCCAUGGCUCCCUCGCGCACGAGUGAACACUCCGAGCGAACAACUCAUUCCAUUGCGUAUGAGCGACCUCUGUCAGCAGACUCCAUCGACGACAAUGUCGAGUCGUACCUAUGCUCGCCGAGGCUAUCACAAAAGAUCAAGCACCCGCAGACUGGAAGGGUGAUUUCAUUUUCCGAAGUCGGUGACGCCGAAGGCUCCGCCGUCUUUUGCUGCGUCGGCAUGGGACUGACACGGUACAUAACCACAUUUUACGACGAGCUGGCUUUGACGUUGAAGCUGCGUCUCAUUACUCCUGACCGUCCAGGCGUCGGUGACAGCGAACCCUACGCCGACGGUACCACGACACCACUGAGCUGGCCAGAUGACGUCUAUGCCAUCUGCCAGGCUCUUAAGAUAACAAAGUUUUCCAUACUUGCUCACUCUGCCGGGGCCAUCUACGCCCUGGCGACCGCCCUCCGCAUGCCGCAACACAUUCGAGGCAAAAUCCAUCUUCUUGCGCCAUGGAUCCCUCCUUCGCAGAUGAACGUUUUUGGUUCGUCGCAAGAACCGCCCACCCACGCCCUUCCCACAUCCCAGCGAAUCCUCCGCGCGCUGCCCACGCCGAUCCUCAAAGCCGCCAACAGCAGCUUCAUGAGCGCUACAAGCUCGUCCAUUACCAGCUCUUUGCCCAAGACGAGCCGACGCACUAAGCGCAAAGGUAGUGGAAAAGAAGGCCGUAGCGUCACGCCCUCUGAGCGAGAACACGCCGAGCUGGCGACGUUGGAUGGGGGUGAUGGCGCCGGCCUCGUCCCUACGCCUGACGCCACGGAGAAUAUGGACCGCAUGCACCCACCACAAAGCAGCAUGUAUGCGAGCGCGGAUCCGGAAGAGGCCGCGGACAAGGAACGCCAAGUUACGUAUGACACGCGUCUGACACACGCCAUCUGGGAUCUCGCCACGACGGGUGCUAACCCGGCCGUCGACCUGCUGGUGUGUCUGGAGCGCCGACAGACGAUUGGCUUUCGGUACGUGGACAUAACGCGGCCUGUUGUGAUUCAUCACGGCAGCAAGGAUAAUCGCGUGCCGGUCGACAAUGUCAAGUGGCUGGGCAAGAGCAUGCGGCGGUGUGAGGUGCGCGUUCUUGAGGGCGAGGGACACGGGCUCAUGGCGAGCGCAACCGUCAUGGGCUCGGUGCUCAUGGAGAUGAGCAAAGAGUGGGAGGAUUGGAUGCGUGUGACGGGAGAUGAUUCCCGGCAGCGAGAGCGUGGACGGCGGACAUUGCAGCGGUAG